AUGAUGACAUUGAAGACAUUGCUUCUUUUAGUGAUCAUUGUAAGUUUUAUAAACAGAAGCUUCCAAAUAUGUGCUACAACGACUGCUAUCACUACUUGUCGUCAAAUACAUCUAUAUAAAACAAACCCUCUAACAAUAAAUAAAUAUAAAGAUAUACUGGAGAUUUCUCUAGAUGAUCAAAGUGAUACAAUCUAUAGUAAUGCGUUUAACUCACUGGCUGAAUUAAAACGUUUAUUUUUAAGCAACAACAAGAUAAAAAAUUUGGAAUCAGGUAGCUUUGACCGUCUUAGUAAAUUGGAAGAAUUAUCUUUGUAUAAUAAUUUGUUAACAACUAUUGUUAGUGGGGCAUUUCGUGAUCUUCAUAACCUAAAAAUACUUAAUUUGGGUGCCAAUAAGAUAACAUCGAUUCCUAAUAAAGCUUUUGUUGGAUUAGAUAACUUGGAAGUAAUAAAUUUAAGUUUCAACCAACUAGCUGAGGUUCCUGUUCAUAUAAAUACUAUUAAGACACUUCGAGUUUUACAUUUAAAUGACAAUAAACUACGAAAUCUUAAAGCUAGUUCUUUUAAUAAUUUAAACAAGCUGGAAAAAUUGCAUCUCUAUGAUAAUAGCAUAGAUUCUUUAGAAGCUAAGUCAUUUGCCGGACUACGCAAUCUUAAGGAAUUAAAUCUUAAGGCAAAUUAUUUGAAGCAGUUUAAUACACAAGACGCUUUGGCAGACUUAGGUUCCCUGCAAAUAUUGAAUCUCGCUAUUAACAACUUUAGGUGUCCUGAUUUGAAAAAUAUUGACAAAGAGUUGCAAAGAAAGAGGAUCGCAUUUGUGGAAGGUACAAAUAAACAAAAUACAAAUAAUUACAAAGGCAUCAAAUGCAAUGCUUAA